UUGCGAAUUUUUCCCCCUUGUUUAAGCAAGCUCUUAUUUCUUCACUUCAUAUAGGUACAUCUCAAGGACGCGCAUUAACCUUGCCAAAGCAAGUGCCAGAGACCAGUUUCGGACCAUACAUUUACCUGUCACCACCUGGCCAACAAUAAUUUUGACCUACUGUAUCUCGUUUAGUUUUUAGAGAAAGCGUUUAUUAUUUCAAUUGGCAUGUAUUUGAGCAAAAUAAAGAAGAACUAAAGCAAUAAAGCAAUUCUAGGUAAAUUCUUUCUUAUCUUGCCAGUUAAAGGGUUACAGGACGAUAGCAGGUCUCAGUUACUAUAGUUUUCUUUAUCUCCUAGCUGGACACAUACUGAGAGUAGACAGGGCAAUUACUCGCACGAUUGCAUUACUGUUGGCUGUGUUUAUAAAUGUGUAUACGUAAAAUAUGAAGGUUCUCUCGUGCACUUAUUUUCAUUCAUCCCUUUUCAUAUGUGCUGCUGUGAGACGUGAAGGGCCUGCUGUUGCAGCCAUGGUAUAUUCAACCAUACAUGCACCUACUCUGAGUACCAUUGCCCUGACUGCCACAGUGGUGGGCGGAGCAGUGGGUGUUGCCACUUACUUCUGGUUAAAACGCAAAGCCAUAGACAGUGACAACAACUUUGAGCCCGUGGGGCACUUGGCCAACAUUGUGAUUCAUCCAAUCAAGUCCAUCGCUGGAGUAGAGGUGCCUUAUGCAGACUGCACAGUGGCUGGACCUGUCUACAAAGGGCUCAAGGACAGGCACAUGCUCGUUGUCAAGGGCGACUGCUUUGUCUCCAUGCGCGAAGAACCCCGCCUUGGCAAAAUUAGAGUAGCCUUCGAUGAGGACAAGCUGACACUGACACUGACAGUUGAUGGCUAUCCACCCCUCAUAGUGGAUGCCUGUGACCCUGCCGAACACAAGAAACCUUCGUUCACCAUCAGGGUUCGAAUAUUCAGUUAUAAAGCCAUUGAAGUGUCUGAAGAAGCCUCAGAUUGGUUCAGGAACUACCUGAAGCAUGACGACGUUCGCCUGGUGAGGGUUGUUCUUGACCAGGAGACCAUCACCCGAGGGAAGAAUGGUGCUGCUCCGGUGGCGUGCCAAGAUGAAUCAUCAUUCCAAGUCCUUUCAAAGGCAUCCCUCGAUGGGCUUUUGUCAAAGCUGCCUGCAUAUAGUAACAUUCAACGGCGCAAUUUUCGGCCCACACUCUUUAUAGAUGGCUGUGAAGCACAUGCAGAGGACCACUGGCGACGCUUCAGGAUCUCUGGUGCAGAGAUGGCAUUUUUAAACCGCACAACUAGGUGUAUCUUGACGACGGUAGAUCAAGACACAGGCAUCAGAAGUGACAAAGAGCCACUUGUGACACUGCGAAAGUACAGAAUUGACAGGUCUGAAGAAGGAGUGAAGAAGUAUGAAUUGAAACCACUCUUUGGCGUGGGCACAUUCCACGUCAGAGAUGGCCGAAUCACAGUCGGAGACGAAGUCAGUGCUCUGCUUUCCCCGAAAUCAUUACUGUGAGCAGUUAUUUCGGUCAAAAAAGUGCUGCUGUGCUGCCUCUUGAUGACUAAUAUGAAGAACUUUGUUUCCCAGUGACUUCUUACUAUUUCAAAGGUUUCUUUAUAUACCAUAUUGGGACUCGUAUAACGCGACCAUAUCUGCGUUGUGAGGGGAACGUUCCAAAGUCUCAAGAAUAUGAAAAUGCAUAAUUACGAUACUAACGUGACUUGAAGCCGCAUUCAGUAACCAAAGGCUCGGAAAAGCAGUAACGAAGCACGCACAUCCUUGUGAGACCAUUUCUUGUAAAUGGUUCUAAUAAAAACUCGAGUUGAUACUCGGCGAGAAUAUAUUGUAAAAGGUG